AUGGCGCCCAUACAAAAGCGCCGGGAGCGCCGCCGCAUUUACCACCUAUUGUUCUCACUGGCUUGCGCCAUACCGUAUCUUCUCGUCAUACUAGUAAUCGCCGUCGCCGCGCUCCACUCCUCAUACACACACAAGCCGGCACACUACAAAGACCUCGCGGAUCGGUGCUUGGGCUUGGAACCUGGCUGCGCGAACAGGCACCAUGAGAAGGUCUUCAUCGCGGCUAGUAUCUACGACGAGGAGGGACAGCUCGCUGGAGGCGCAUGGGGCAAGGCUGUGAAGGAUCUCGUCAACAUACUGGGACCGGAGAAUGUCUUUGUCAGCGUCUAUGAGAACGACCCCGAUCCUAAAGCCAAGGACGCGCUGGAAAGAUUCGGGAAGAGCCUGAAGUGCAACUCAUCCAUUGUUUCUGAACACAUAUCAUACGAUGAGCUCCCCCACGUUACUUAUCCGUCCGGCGAGAAGCGCCUCAAGCGAGUGGCUUUCCUGGCCGAAGUCAGGAACCGAGCGUUGCGUCCGCUUGAUCAGAGUGCAACCCUCAAUGUCACCUCGCCUGACGUACGCUUCGACAGAGUUCUAUACCUCAACGACGUAAUCUUCCAUCCUAUUGAAGCUGCCCAGCUCCUCUUCUCUACCAAUAUGCAAGCCGACGGCCGCACCAACUACCGCGCGGCUUGCGCAACGGACUUCAUCAAUCCCUUCAAAUUUUACGAUAACUUCGCGACACGAGACCUGGACGGCUACAGCAUGGGCAUACCCUUCUAUCCCUGGUUCACAGAUGCGGGCAACGGAUACAGCAGACAAGACGUGUUAGAUCAGAAGGACGCCGUCCGAGUCCGCAGCUGCUGGGGCGGCAUGGUCGCUUUCGAGGCGAAGUGGUUCCAAGCGCCAGUACUAGAGGGCGACAAAAGCGCAACGGCUGGAGAGCAGGCACCGCCAGGAACCUUACCUAUUCGCUUCCGCGCCGAAAACGACACGUUCUGGGACGCGUCCGAGUGCUGCCUCAUACAUGCCGACUUACAGCAUCCUCGCUCGCCCACCACAAACCCAGGCGCCGAAAGCGGCAUCUACAUGAAUCCAUUCAUCAGCGUAGCGUACGAUACCAGCACUCUGUCGUGGCUCUCUUGGACCCGACGUCCAGAGCGGUUGUACAGCAUCAUCCACAACAUACUGAACCACGCGAUGGGCCUGCCGUGGCACAACCCGCGCAGGACAGAGGAGCCGGGCACAGAAGCUAUAGAAAGGGUGUGGAGGUACGAACCGGAGAGUUGGAGGCAAUUCGAAAACGGUGAAAUCGCUCAGCCCAGGGGCGCUUUCGAGGACGUGAACAGGGUGGUUGGGCCCGGACGCUUCUGCGGGAUUCGGAUGGCAGCCGUGAUAAAUGAGCAUCCGAGGAAGGGAGAGCACCGGUGGGGGGUGUUGCCUGUACCUCCGGCGUGA